AACUACGGUCCUGCAUCGUGAAACACUACGCGCGUCGGCGACAAAAGAAAAACUGAGCAGUGGCUGCAAAGCUAAGGGCCCCGGCUUUCAGAGGAGAGAACUUUUCUUUCUCCAUGCAGGUGGAAACUGGCUUCUGCGGAUCCAAUCCCACUUCUUUUUGGGCCGGUGCGCUCUGGCUGCGCUGCAGGGACCGCGGACAGUUUCGCCAAGGCACUGCCUGCCCUCCUGGCUCCGCGUCCCCGCUCCCACUCCCAGCCGCGUGGCCCAACCUCUCCCGGGCUUCACAGCAAACAACCCGUUCCUCUCCCGCCUCUUAAGUCAGUCGAGCAGGCCUAGGGGACGGCUACAGCUGGGAGGGCAACGGGAAAGAUCAAGCCCCAAUCAUUCCGAAUUAUCGCCCCAGACCCCUCCCUAGACUCUGGGGAACGAACGCGUGCUGAGCCUCCCCGCCGCUUUGGAGACUGGGCUAUAUUUUCGUUGCCUCCGGCUCUCGACAGGUGCAAAACAAUGAAUUCCAAGCCUCGGAAGCAAAGAAGCUUAGGAUUCGACGGUGGCCGCAAGAUCUCAUCACGGAUCUGACCCCUGCCCAGCGUGCGCCAUUUCGUCGUCGCCAAACGAAAUCAAGCCCCUCGUGCGCUCAAGGGGUGAAUGACUCUGGCCUCACCCCGACCGUCGGAAGAGCUGGCCCCUGCCUCGCUCAAGACCUCAUAUCACGCCCUCAGGCCAUUUCGAAAGCAAGAACGGCAAAGGUCCCUUACUGAACCUUUUAAGAGAGCCUGCGCCUGGCAGUUGUCGACUGCGGACCCAGGCCCGCGCGCCCUCGGACGCGCUGGCACGAGCAGCAGAACUAGAGGAAAGCGAGCGAUCCAGCCUGGGCGCUCCCAUCUCCAGGAACGUCUCCGGGAAGGCCCAGCGCGUCGUGGCCAGACGGGGUUCCAGAGAAUGGGGGGCUCUUGUGAGCCCUGGCACCUGGCGCAGGGCCCAGCACGGCUCCGGCCCUCCGUAGAGCGCUGGCUCUCCAUGGGCACCAGAUCCAAGGUACUGGGGGGCGGGGUGCAGGCCCUUGCGUCCGCAGACCAAGGUCGCCCGGCCGCCUGGCAGGCACGGUGGCGGGAGCUGCCGCUAGUUGGCGCCCGCGCCCUGCCAGCCGCGGAGGUGCGGGCCCGGCCAGGCUACAGAUGCGCGCCAGCUGUGGCCCCGGGUCCAGGCGCGGCGUCCGCCCGCCCCACAAGAAGCUACCCUUUCCUUGCCACCAAUGCGGCCAGGUCUCUGACAAACCGAUGGCUGUGUGUCAAACCAAGACCGUCUUCCUCACCUCUGAUGAGAUGGACGCCUUCCGCCUUCGCGUUUUCAGGCACCGGGAGAGAAGACCCACAGAACAGGCUAGCUGGUUCCCAAUUUCCACCGAUCGCCAACCUGCUUCCUCCCCAUCCCGUACCCACAAACUUUGUCGUCUGUUUGAUGGGAGGGAGAGCUCCCACUCCCCCACCUGGGGCAUGCAGACACCCUCGCCCUUCCCCAGCUGGCAUCCCCAGCUGGCAUGGAGGUCUUUUCUCCUUCUUCCAUCAGAUCGAUGGACAAACAGCCCAGUUUCUCUCCAGUGGCCCCCACCUAAGAGCACCCUAAGUUGUCCACAGCAGGGCUAGGAAGCGGAAGGUCAGGACACUCCCCUCCCCUACCUUGACUUAGAGCUGGGUAAACCCAGAACCCAUCCCCGGGCACAUAGAGCCAGCUCCUUUGCCCCAGGAAGGGGAUUCAUCUCCCUCCAGCAUUUAGGAGUGCACUCUAAGUGCCUUCUUGGCAGUGAGGGUGCCGGCUUCCCAGGGCAGGCAUGAUUCAUGGGGACUCUGUGGCGCCUGGGCAGGCAUCCCCAGGUAUACCAGACAAGGGACAGGUGUGUGCUGGGAAACUGCCCGAGAGGUCCCCGGGCUGUGGAAGGAGCUGGGGUCCGCAGUCCCUCUGCCUGGGCGUGUCUUCUUCCCUCGCCCACAGCUCUCUAGGCAGAGUUGCCUAAACCUCUCUGAGCCUCAUUUCUUUCAUCUGUAAAGUGGGGGCACUCAUAGUGGCCCCCAUAGAAUUGUGUGUAAAGUGCUUAGCACGGGUCUGGCACAUAGAGGGUGCUCCAGCCAUGGGGAGCCAUCACUGUCAUUAUGAAAAAAUAAGACCUGUCAAUCCUUGCUGGGGGCCUUUGAACCACCCCUCCCCUCUCUGGGCCUCACACUUCCAUCUGUGAAACGUCCAGUUCUCAUGUUCAAAGCUUGCCAGGACUCCAAGCCAGUCCAUGCUGUCCUGGCCCCUCGAUUUGCCCAGGGGCUGCCUGGGGGAUCUAAGGACUGGCUGUGACCUACCUCCAUGUGGAGUCAGCUCACAGCAGGGCUUCUAGCAACUGUCACAGGGCGGCCGGAGCUGGGUCUUGAUGAUUGCCCAUCUGACCAUUCCUCUCAGAACCUCACUUUGGCCCCCACCCAGCUGCCCUCCCGUAGGCAACUGGGCCUCAGCGGACGCUGCCAGGGACCCCAUUUCCUUCCCAGGAGGCCUCUGUUUCCCAUAUCCCGAAUCGCACAGGAGCCUAGUCCAGCGAAGAGGACAGAGGACUCUCUUCUAGAACUGAAAAUUUCUCCCAGCCUGGCCCUAAAUCCCCUGUCCAGAGGGACCCGUGGUGAAACCUAUCUCCUGCCCAGUGCCCUAGAACUCAAAGGGAACAUUCAUGCCCCUCACUGAGCCUCAGUUGCCUCUUCUGUCAAUGGAGGUCAUUCUGACCUCUCCAUUUCACAGGAGGGGAUUAAGGAUUCCCUCUAGGAGGGCAGGGGCAUCGUGUUUCGCUGUAUCUAAAUUGUGAUCGAUGGUUUGAAGAAACAGAAAGAAAAUGCUGCUGAGUAAACUAGGACUCAUCUGCUUCCUGAUUUCAGAUAAUGAUCUCUGAAUAUAUAAGCGAGGAAUGUUAAUGAAAAAUAGCAAUACAUCUGGGUUGAGGGGUUGUCUCCUGCAGGCCAGGGGUCUAGCCCCAGAGAGUCCAACUCUGGGGUCGUCUCUCCUGGCCAGCCUUUCUGGAAGGAUUCAGAAUGUGUGGGAGGACAAAUGUGCUUCUCAAAUUACAGAGAUCUUUCUUCCUUUUUGGAAAGUGCCAGACUUGGAGGGGAGGGAGAAGGAGCAGGGGAGAGCAGAGUGGUGAGGGUGUUAGGACCCAGUGCUGCCUGUGCAGUCUGAGACUUUUGCCUGGUGUCCACGCUCCCCUGAGCCUUGGUCCCGACGGUAAAAUGGGAAGAACAGUAACAGCUGGGGAUGCUGAGGCUUUACCUUGUGCCAGGCGCCGCACGUGGGCAUUACUCACGGUAUUCAAUUCCCACGGCGUCGUAUGUGGUAGGUGUUAUGCCCAUGUAAGCAAAGAGGAAUGUUGUUCGAGGUCGGCCAGGUUAGAGAGGGCCGGACCCAGGUUAAAAGCCUGUUCUGGCUCAAAAUGUGGGGCAUGAAGGCAUCACCUGGCCAAGCAUGUCAGCACUGUCCUCCUAGUGGCUGAGUAAGGGGAAGAGCUAGCAGCUAGAUACAGAGGAAAGUGCUAUUGUGAUGGGGAGAGAAAGUUGGGGUGGCAAAUCCUGCUAAGCAGCCCUGGACUCGGAAAUCAGCAGACUCUUCAAAUCUGCAGGGAGUCAGGAAGGACUUGCCAGGGUCAUUCGGGAGGGUCCUGUGAUAGCUGAGGUGCACCCACCACCUGCUGUCCUUUGGCCUCAGAACCAGUCUGUGAGGAGGCAGGAUUGGCAGUAGUCUCCAGUUUACAGAUGGGAACACUGCGAGCCAGAAAGCAGAGAGGCGUGAUUAGGAUCUGAACUGAGCUCCAGCAAGGCCAGGAGCGAGCACCUCGAGGCAAAAUGCAGUCAGGCAGGACCUCUGCCUUGCAGAAGGCUGCAGCCCAGUCCCGGGCCUCAUACACUAGGGCCCCAUGCCACUCUCAGUGCCUCUCUCCCAGGGGAAGUGCUAGUCAGUCGCGUUUCCCUCUGGGCCUCAGUGUUCACAUGCGAACGCUGGGGGUGCACUUACAAGCCCCCUCUACAUGCCAGGCAGGUUCCCGCAGGACCCCAGGGUUUCACUGUGACCCAAGACCCCUCCUCCCCACCCACCUCCUCUCCACCUCCUGCGGGGCGCCAGCUCCCUUGGCGUUCAUGUGACCUCGGAUCCUUCCACACCCACCCCCAACCUGUUCUGCAGGUGGGUGGACAGAGGGUGAUCUGCUUUGGGGAUGGGAGAGAGAAAGGGAGGCAAGGGCGGAGAAAAGAGACUUCUCUUUCGGGGGCGUGGAGCAGAAAAACUGGCUCCAUCGGUUGCCAGGGAAGGGGUUUCUGGUUUCAGAUCCCAUCACUUGGUGGGACCUUCCUACCACCCUCCCUGCUACUCACUCUUGUCAUCUGUAAAUCAGGGAAAUAUUUCUAGAAGACAGUAUUUGGUCUGUGACUUUGAUCACUGGUCUAUGACUAAUAAUUGCCCUAAUUUUUUGGACACCUGCUGCAUGCUGGGAGUUUUCCGCCAAUUGUCACUCACCCUCAGGUGCCUCUGCAGGGCAGGGAUUUUAUUCUCUCCAUUUUACAGAUGGGGAAACCCAGGCUCCGAAAGUAAAGAGCUUUUCCUCUGUGGGCCUCAGAAUCUGAGAAGUUCAAUCAAGUUCUCAGGAGCCCUUCCAGCACCCCCACUCCUCGAUCGGGGAGGGCCAUCUGCAGUCUGACAGCUGCUCUCAGGGCAGAGCUCUCCAUCCAAAGCAGCAGGUGGAUGUAGAGCUACCUGCCAGCAGAGCCAUCAAACACAGCACUCUUCUAUUGGGAGGCACGGAGUGGUGAGAGGGACCUGGGCAGCUUGGAGCCAAGGGGGCUUCUGGGAAACAUGUGCCCUUCCCCCAGCCCCCGGGUGGGGUUCAGCCCUGGCAAGCAGGGAGAGAAAGGGCUCUUCUGAGUGGCUGUCACUUUACACACAUUUUUGCUUCACAGUAUUCUUAGAAGGUAGGGACACCUUCUAAGGUGUAAAAUCACUCCCAUUUUACAGGAAAGAAAACUGAGGCUCAGAGAGCUCAAGUGACUUGCCCAAGUUGGCACCACUGGGAAACCACAGAGGUAGGAUUCCAACCAGGCAGCCUGGCCCCAGAGCCCACGUUGCUGCCCAUUACACUCUAUUCUUGUGGACUAAAACCAGAUGCUCAAAGUUACAGUCAUGGAAUAGAAUUGAAUCCUGGCAGAAGAACUGUGGGCAGGAUUCAGAAUUUUACAAUGUCAGACUCGAAAGGGCUCUGAGAUAUCAAAUCCAAAUCCCCACUUCUCAAAUGGCAGAACUGAGGCCUAGGGAGGACGAGUCUCACUCAAAGUCACAGCCCAUGCCAGGGACAGAGUCUGCACCGCCUCCCUCUCCAGCUACCUCCCGCUGACUCUGCACCUUCCUCUCCUGCAGGCCCUCCUCUCCCCACUGCCCACCCGGCAGCUUCUGGGCCCAGCCAGGCCCAUUAGGGAUUUUCCACCUCCCUGAAAAGGUCCUAAUGACUGUCAGUCCUUGUGAAGCCUUAAUUAAUCUCAGAGGCCGAUGGCUCAGAGGAGACUGGGGGCUUUGGCCUUAUGCAGAUGAAGAUUGCGGCUCUAUUUCAUGUGGUGGUGAAGGAACGCCUCAGACAUUCCUGCCAGCAAUAAAAGCCACAUGGCCCUUGGAAAAGAAAAAAAGUGCAGCCCUUUGCGGAAAGAAAUCAACUAUGUGCUGUACGCAUGGCAUGAGAUACAAAUGGGCAUACGGAGGUGGGGAACAGUCGGUCUUUUAUGCCGCCUCUGAUGUCCACUGACAGAGGCAGGGCCAGCAGUCACGGUCCCAGCUACAGUCCUGGGGAGAGGGGGUGACCCCCGGUGUGGUGGGGGAAGCCUCACCUCCUCCACCUGAACUGGAUUUGAGCCACUGCAGAUAUCCCAGAGGCAGGGCCAGCUUCCUGGCCUGUGGCCCGUGCAGUCGCACAGGGCCCUGGUCUCAGAAGGAUCCUGAGCUUGUUUUAAUGCCCUGCCACCGCUGCCUUCAACUUCUGAAUACUUGCUCAACAAAGGCCCUGCGUUUUCAUUUUGUACCGGCCCCCCAAAUUAUAUAGCCAAUCCUGACCACGAGUGUCCCCGCCCAUCAUCAGUUGUCACGUCUCUCCUGGCCCCUGCCAUGUACCCAAUCCCGGGGAGUAGGGUUUCUUGAGCGCCUGCUGGCCACUUUGCUUAUAUCACCUGAGAUGAACUUCAAAACGACUCUGUGAAUUGGACAGAUGUGGAAAAUUGAGGCUCAGAGAGGCUUCCAUAUGGCAAGGAAGCCUAGAUUUGAACUCAGGUCUCCCUGACUCCAAAGUGAGUACUCUUAGCAGCUCUACAUUCUGCAUGAUUUCAUCUUCAUCAUGCCCAGGGGGAUGGGGAUACACACAGUUAGGCUGCUGUAUUCCCAGAUAACGGAAGGCACAACUGAGGCCGGAGAAGUGAAGGUUCUCAAGUCAGAGUCAAACCGAGGGCCGGGGCAACAGUGGACCUGGGCCUGGAUCCAUAGGGCUGGGGAUGGAGUCCCAGUUUUAUACUUGUUUGUGCCACUUGUAAAUUUAUUAGCUCUUUCCAUGCAGGUCACUGCCGUGAGUCUGGUCUGGAAUGUGGCUGGAGCCCUACCCCUUCCCCCUCCCCAACAGCUCUCCAUUCUAAACAUCUGGAAGUCCUUCCUUGUGUCUUCUUCCACUCUUUCAUGCUGUAGUUUUCCUCUGCCACCCUCACUGGUUGGGAAGCAGUUGGAUCUGGCACCUUGAUAAACUCAAAAGAGUCCAAAUUUUUGAUGAAAGUUGGGACUGAACAGAGUCCAAAGAUUGCCAUGUCCUGUAACUGGGUCUGGGCCUGAGGUUCAUAGAGCCAGCUGCUAGAUCCAGGGGAGCCAUUUCAUUGUUCCCUGCUGGGUAACCUUGAGCAAGUCCCUUCCCUCUCUGGCCCUGAGACUCCCCUUCCGGGAGAUAAAUGCAUUGGACAAUGCCUGAACCCCAGGAGGCCUCUCUGUCUUCAACAUUCUAGAAUUCCAUAUUAAUCUACAACAGGUCUGCUCAUUUCCCCAGCUCAUAGCUGGGGAAACCAAGGCCCAGGAAGGAUCAGAGACUUGCCCAACAUCACAGAAGGUGCUUAUUGACAACUGGACUUGACUCUGAGGCUCCUAUCAGCCAGCCUGGCUGCCUCUGCACAAACCUUCGGAUGACCUGGCCUCAGCAUCAGCUCAGCUUGCCCUUGUCCCGCCCCCUCUAGCCCACUUUGGCCUGUCAGGCACCCUGAGUGUUCAGGCCUAGAAAUCACAGCUAAGGGUCCCUGGCACACAAUAAAGUUCCUCUUCUAUGGUUUGAAUGUCUCCCAAAAGUUAUACAUUAACACUUCAUCGCCAUCGUGGUGGUAUUAAGAGGCAGCGAGGGGCCUUUUGGGAAGUGAUUAAGUGGUGAAGGCUCUGCCCUCAUGAAUGGAUUAGGCCCUCUUUGCCCUUCUGACUUCAGGACACAUUGUUCUGUGUCCUCUGGAGGACACAGCCAGAAGACACUGCCUUGGAAACAGGGAGUCCAGGACCUCAUCAGAUGCAGAACCUGCCAGAGCCAUGAUCUUGGACUUCCCAGUCUCCAGAACUAGGGUCCUGUGUACCAUCACACUCUCAGCUGAAUCUCUACAGGCCCGUGCAGCUGUCCUCAUCACGGCAGCCCCCACCUAGUUGCAGCAAGUCCCACCAUCUGCCUGAGUCUGUUUUCAUUUCCACAAUGGAGGUGGUGAUGCCCAGCACACGGAGCUGUGAUGAGGAUUUAAUGGGGAAUCCGGAGCAUUUAUAGAAGUCCCAGGAGGCCAAGAUUCUACACAGGUAGGAAGGACCUAAGCCAGAGGGGUGUGGGUGGCCAGAAGAGAGAGCCUACCUUAGUAGGGCUGGGUGGGCUAAGGUCUGGGCUGAAUCUCGAGGCCCUGGAGCUUAGAACAGCGUCUGCAACUCCCUGGCUGUGGAAGUUCAGGCAAGGACUGCUUCCUCUCUGAGUGUCAGUUUCCCCAUCUAUAAAUGGAAAGCUGCGACACUGAAAAACACUGUGGGGAGGAUGGUUCCUGAGGCAGUCUCUCUCCACACAUCACUGGAAUGUCGGCCCCCAGGGAGAAGGCAUCUUUGUCCAUUGUGUUCACUUCUGCAUCCCCAGUGCCCAGAACAGUGCUUGCAUGCAGCAGAUGCUCAAUAAAUGUUCAUUGAAUGAAUCAGCAGCAACCAAUUCGCCCACCUCACAUCCUAAGUCUGCUGGGGACCUAAGCCCACCUCUCCAGGGAAACUGUCUGCAGAUUGGGACCACACCUCAGGUCACAAGCAUUUCCUGAACGAACACCUACUAUAUGCAUGGCUCUAUGCAGCCCAGGGUAGACCCUGCUCCAUAGCCCGACAGGCAGAGCCAAGGAGGCAGGUGACAGACACAGUGAUGUGGGAAGAAGAACAGAGAGCAGAGCGGCCAGCAGGGCCUUGCCUGGGUGGGAGCAGGCCGUUCCCAGGCUGGAGCUCAGGCUAACGGGAGCCCCAGCUUGCCUGUUCCUGGGAGGGUGGGGCUGCCUGUUCCUCUUUCUUUCUUUGAAAACAAAAAUUGUUUUCCCUUAAAUUUAUAAGUAUUAAAAGUUUGGAAAAUGCACAAUCAUCAAAAGAAUGUAAAAUAAAUGUUACCUGCCAUAAUGGCACACCAUACAGCAUUAACUACUAUUGACAUUUCAGUGUUUCCCUCUAGUUUUUUUUUUCUGAGGUGGCCUUGCUCUCAGAGGUGGCUUCCUCUCCCCCUGGGAAGGGAUAUAGCUGCUCUGUGGGAGAUGUGGGGGCACCAGGCUCUCUCCGUGGGCUGUUUAUCACUUCUGACUUUGAGGUCCUUUCUCCAUCCCUCCUGGAUCCAGCACCUCUUCCCGAGACACAGGGGUGCGAAAUGCUGGGGAAAGCAUGUCAGCAGGCCUCACCUCCUGCCCCUGCUUUCCCCACGGAGGUGG